AUGGCAGCCCGCGGUGGGCCUUUUGAUCCAUGGGGGUGGUGUUGUUGGUGUUGUGCAGAGAUCCUCAGAUAUUCUCCACAACGCUCGGCCAGCGCAUUCCUCCACCCUGCUCUUCGCGACGAAGCCUCAAACAAUCCUCUCGCGGCAGACCCUCGUGGUCUAGCCAACCUACACUCCCUCGAUAUGACGACCGCCGUGAACAUGAAUCGGACGAACGCGCCGCAAGCAUUCGUGUCCAGCUUCGCGCCGCGCAUUCGGACGUUCGGAAACUCCUUGCUCACACCCGUCGUUCCUCAGACCAUACUCCCGCAAGUACGAACGACAAAGCGAGGGACGACUGCGAUCAACUAUGCCGAAGAGUUCGACGAUGAGAGCAUUGAGGAUUCUGAUGGGCCUCGCCGGCCGACCGGUCUGCGCACGGCUCAGCAACGGCAGGGACCUGAUCCGAUGAUUGAGAAGGUGAAAGAGCUGGGCAAGGAGAUACAUGAGCCCGUCGAUGUGCAGGGAAUCUGGCGAGAUUGGAUGGGCAAACCGAAACGAACAUUGACCGAGAGGCAAAUGCACGUACAGUCUGCUUUACCGACCACUCUCAUACCGAUCAAAAUCGACCUAGAUGUUGCACCGUUUCGCCCCGAAGCAGCAUUACCCACGCCUAGCAACGCGAGAGACUUCGGUAUUGAUGAAAAUCUACCCGCAUACAAAGCGCCGGAGCCGACACCACCAUACCGGUUGAAGGACAGCUUUCUGUGGAACUUGCAUGAGGCAUUGAUCACGCCAGACAUGUUCGCGAAGACUUUCGUUGACGAAUUGGAUUUUCCCGUAAUGCGGAAGCAGGCCAUGAUUCUCGAGAUCGCGCAGCAAAUCCGAGUACAGCUAGAGGAGCAUGCCGCGAUUGCCUUACAUCCACUCUUCCAGCCCGAAGCCAGCCAGCCAGCCGCCGCGACCAAUGCGCCUACACCGGCGGUCCGACCAGCACUUUCACCUCAGGGCUCGUCGACGCCGUUGGUAGCGGAUACACCGACCGCAAGCCACCUCCAACUUCCGCAGACCAAUGGACUCCUUGCAUCGGAUCCUCCAACACCCAUGGCAAAUGGCAAUGGAACAUCGACUCCUGCGAUAACUGCGAAUGCCCAACCACUACCCAAGGACCCAUCUGGAUCUUCCGCGCUCAAUCCGCCCGAUACUCACCGCUGUGUCAUCACUCUAUCGAUCAACAUGCAAAACAAGCUGUAUACGGAUAAAUUCGAAUGGUCACUACUACAUCCUCCUGGGUUUCCAGAGAUCUUCGCAAAGCAGACCUGUGCAGAUCUUGGCUUGCACGGCGAGUGGGUGCCAAAUAUGGCACAUGCAAUUUAUGAAGCCAGUCUGCGUUUGAAAAAAGACAUGAUCGACAACGCUGGUACUCUGGCCGGUGUGGUCGGGAGUGGUGUCGACGGAUGGGGCGUGAUCGAGAACGAAGCCUGCGAGUAUCAUGGCACAGCCGAGUCCGCUCUGGGUGUGGGAGCAGGGUGGCGCUUUGAUGAGAACGAUCUCGGAGGCGACUGGGAGCCGAAAAUCGAAGUCCUUAACAAGGAGGAGAUUGAAAGGCGCGAAGGCGACCGAGAACGACAAAUUCGAAGACAACGCAGAGAGACGGCUCGGUUCACCACAAACUUGCAAACUCAAAGCAGUGGGCUGGGUGACUACUUUGCUGGUGGUCUGGGUGCAUCACAAGGCACUCCGGGAGGCGCCGACGACGAACGCAUGGGCCGUGGUGAGCGGGCGAAGAAGAAGCGAAGAUUCCGGAGUUUGUCACCGGCUGGACGUGAUACACCCGAGGUGGCUGGAUUUGGAGGCACUUCCAGUCAGCUCACCGAGGGCGAGAGGCAGUACUGGAGCUGUUCGCAUUGUAAUGUCUGGGGCACUGCUAUAUGGGGAGUCCGCGAUGGUCCAGCAGGCCCAAGGACUCUCUGCAACAACUGCGGCCUCCUCUACGAGCGCGACAAGCGUCUCCCACCCUGGAACCACCGCCUCUUCUACACCGACAAGAACCAAGCUUCUCGCGAAGCAAACAUGCCCACUCACGCCCAAGUUCCCAUGGUCCAUCAACAACCCGCCCGCCACAUCCAGAACUUCCAAUCCGACGUCUCCUCAUUUCCGCAAUCCACUCCUCCCACCGCCUCCCGCUCCUUCAACCGCGCCGCCGAGGAUCCUUCUUCCCACCUCUACACCGGCAACACGACGGGUGGUCAAGGCCAGAUUUCCGCCAGCACUAUGGCUGAUAUCACAAAUUACGCCGAACCCGGCGAGGAUUUGGACUGGACGAAGAUUACCGAGCCGAGGGAGAGAAAGCGGCUGCAGAAUAUCAUCAACGGCAGGAAGUAUCGGGAGAGGAGAUUGGCGGCGGAGGGUCAUGGUGGCAGUGGCGGAAAUUACCCCGGUGCAUCGGGAGUCGGGAGUUUUCUCAGUACGGGUUAUGGGUCUAGGCAGUCCGCUCAACAGGGCGGUGGGUCAGCACAAGGAACGCCCACGGCGGCGUGA